AUGCCUUCCAACGAACACCCCUCGCCCUUUGGGCCACUGCAGGGCGAGCUGGCCAAGAUGAUGAAGUCGAACCUGAACGGGGCCAUCAAAGAUGUGGACAAGAUCAUAGAGCUUCUGGAGAACACCAAGGCACAGAUAUCGCACGUAAAACAGGGCCUCGACGCGAUCACGGACGAUUUGAAGAAUGUGACAAAGGCACAGAAGGGGUUCGGCAAAGCCCUCGAUCGGGCGAUGCCACUACGCGAGCUGCCCGUGGAGAUCGACACCAUGGAGGCCCAUACCGGAUACGUGAACCGAGCUGUCGUUAUGCAUCUGAUACGCGAGGGGCAAUUUCCCACGGCGGAGACGCUCUUCAGGGAGGCUGACUUUGGACCUAAUGAGAAUCAACAGUACAUGCGCCAGCAGGUCGCCGACUCCGAGGAAGACCAGCACCCUGACGCCGAGGACGAGAAUAUGACAGACGGAGACGAUGUCGACGAGAGCCUGACGGAGAAAUUUAGGGAGAUGUACUCCAUCUUGGACGAGCUCAAGGACAAUAGGAAUAUGGAGCCCGCUAUUGAGUGGUGUGCCGCGCACAGCGACCUCCUAGAGAGUAAAGGCAGCUCGCUGGAGUUUGACCUCACGAAGCUGCAAUUCAUCUGGCUGUUCAAUGGGACUAUGGGCAAGGGCCUCCAGGAUGACUUGUCUCGCCAGACGAGGGCUGUUUCUUAUGCGCAUCAGCACUUUGGCAAGUUCCAGAGGCGCCAUCAGAAGGAGAUCAACCAGCUCUGCGCCGCCAUGGUCUACGGGCCCAACAUCGCAUCGAGUCCGUACGGCCACAUCUUUACUAUUAACACUACAUAUGAGCAGGUCGCCGAGUCGUUCACCAAAGACUUUUGCUCGCUCCUGGGGCUGUCCGCCGAGUCACCCCUCUACAUUGCCGUCACGGCCGGGUCGCUGGCCCUGCCCCGGCUGAUCAAGUAUACCCACUACAUGCGUGAGAAGAAGACGGAGUGGACGACGGAGCAGGAACUCGCUUUUGAAACCCCGUUGCCUUCGUCCAUGAUUUACCAUCCCAUCUUCGUCUGUCCAGUCAGCAAGGAGCAGACGACAGACAAGAAUCCGCCAGUCCGACUGGCCUGCGGGCACGUGCUCAGCAAGGAAAGUCUCGAUCAGCUGACGAGAUCGGGCAAGUACAAGUGUCCGUACUGUCCGGCUGAGGGAACGACAGCAGAUACUGUCCGUGUUCAUUUCUAA